AUGGGUGAAUAUAUUGCUAGCAAUCGAUUCAAGAGGUUCAUACCUGACUGGCUUACGGUAUUGGGACUUGUCAUUACCUUUUUUUUGGUUACAGAAAGAGCUCAUCCUUUCAUAAGACAGUUCUCUUUAUCUGAUCCUUCGAUCUCUCACCCUUUUGCCAAAGUUGAGAGAGUGACAGAUAACCAAUUGUAUGUGUUGUCGAUAUUUUUACCAACUGCAAUUGUUUUAGCAGCUGUUGCGCUCAAUAGGCUGAUUUCAUCUCGCUUUGAUAAGCUUCAUCUAAUCCAGGUAACUUCGCUAGGCAUCUGGUUCAGCACCUGUUUGGCUGCUGUUUUGACAGAUAUUUUGAAGUGUUGGAUAGGUAAUCCACGUCCCGAUUUCUUGGAGCGUUGUGGUGCCAAAUACGGGACACCCAAGAACAAACUUGUAGGAAUAGAAGUCUGUACGGCCCCUUUGGGUGAAAUGUAUUUGUUAGACGGAAUGAAAUCCACUCCUUCUGGCCAUUCGUCAAUGGCUUUCGCCGGUUUACUAUACUUGACAUUGUGGCUUUUAGGCCAAUACAAAGUUUUGCAUGGAAAGAAGCAGUUGUGGGCUCCGUUGCUCUGUUGUACUCCUCUUGUGUUGGCCAGUUAUAUAGCUUUGAGCAGAACCCAGGACUACAGACAUCACUUUAGAGAUGUGCUCCUCGGAUCCAUUCUUGGGAUCGUGAUAGCGGUGGGGACGUACUUUAAGUACUUUGACUCUGUGUUUGACGAAGAUAGCGACAAGCCAAUAGAGUAUUCUGAGGUAGAGUAG